CUAAGAUAUUCCUGUUAGUUCCACCAAUGACUUCUGUAUUUGCGGUGUUCCCGUACCGCAUGUUGUUUUUAUCAUUUGUGGAGUAGUAACAAGGUCGCGAGAUGUUACCCACCGUAGCGGAGUAUAAUUCAAGAGGAGAUGUUGGGCUCUAUUCACGCGCAGUGAAAACUAGAGAUUGGUGGAAUAUCCGGGAAUCAGAACCGCGUGGUUAUGACUUUUCUUCUGAUCCCAUCAGGUCCUGCCAACUCUCUACGUAUCGACGGCUCGGUGUUGAUGAUAGAUUUUCAGGUGAAACGACUUAUAUGGCAUUUUGUUCGGAUAGACUAAAUACUGCCUUUAAGCAAAGGCGACAGAUGCUUUUUGCGUGUGCUACGCUGAUGGAUCCAAUAAAGCUGAAAACUCUAUCGUUGCUAGAAGAAAAUUACUCUUCUAGGAAUACCUUUCAAGCUAAUUCAACAUACCGCAACGACUUUGUUAUCCCAACACUGGAAGCUUCCAGUACAAGUCCAACAAGUUCUGUAUCAACCGACCGCCCCAUCGAUAAAUCCGCGGUACGUCGACGUAUGCUUCCCAGUUUACGGACGGAGGCAAGUACCGACGCUCAGGACGAAAAGUGUGGACCCUUGAACCUGAAGUCUGCGCCAAUACUCCGCUCAAUCGACAGCGCCAGGCGUUUAGAAUAAAAUGGGGUUGAAAUACAUCACAAAGCACAUGAUUGCCAAUGAUUGCAUUGUUGUACCAAUUAUUCAUCGAAGGACAUAUUGGUAUUGGUAGUGAAGCACAUAGUUCGAUUACAAAUAAGGUUACUCAAUGAGCUACGAGCAAUGAGACAAUGCCACACAGAAGCCAUGCAGUCAACCAAUAACCGCCAAACUGUUUCGGGCAGUUGCGAAGAAAUAGUUGCCGGUGUUAAGCGGAUAGUCCAUCUGUGUUAAUCAACUUAUCAAUCGAAAGCGGUCACCCACCUCGACUGAACUCAUCUGCUGCAUUUGUGUAGUUUGGCCGUGUGCUUUGUCAACUUAUCUGUAAUCAGAUGCACAUAUCACAAAUAUACUACACCGUGCGCCUUGCGGUUUCCACAGACGG